AUGUUCAACCGCGAGUCCCUCUUUGGAAACAGGCAACCUCCUCCGCCAGGGCAGCGACAACCUGUUAGACAACAACCACCACCCUCUUCCUACGAACAACCUCCUCGAUACAGCGAAGACCGUCGAGCACCUCCGCCCCAACCGCAACAGUCAAGAGGAGGAAGAAUGCAGCUACGACCUGUCAACUCCCCGGCAGAGCUCAUCGUUUUCAACGUCUGUACAGUCUCACCGUAUGAUGUGCCGCCGUCACGCGAUGGAGAGACGUAUUUGUUACUUCAGGGUAAAUACGUGCUGACUGCACGGCCUCAUCCUUCCAUUGAGGGGGGCGCCAUCGGCUUGAACCAGAUUCAGCGAAGAUGGAUGAACGUCGCUUUGGCCGAUGUGGUGGAUGCGGAGAUCUAUGACCCGUUCAGGCAAGGGAAACAGUGCUACUUGGGCAAUAUGGACAUCGAAAUCGGCUUCGCUACCAACAAAGCUUUGAGCGAGGCCGUCGACCAAGAUGAACUCGCCGACGCUGUUAUCAAGACAUUCAGAAAUCAGAUCUUUGCUCCAGGACAAGACUUUCUCCUCGACUUCAAAAGUGUGAAGCUCCAAGGCAGUGUUAAGACAGUGGAACUGGUGGACCUCGCGAGGUUAGGGUCGGAAGGCAAAUCAGAAACCAACCCACAGGCUCGAGGCAUACUCACGCCAGAGUCUCGCAUCAACUUCUACAAAAAUGCAAAGUCUCCGAUCAACCUCAAAGGCUCGACACGACGACCUGCAGCCAACUCUAUCAUUCGCCCAGACUUCAAAUUCGAAGACCUAGGUAUCGGUGGUCUUGACAAAGAAUUCAGCGACAUCUUCAGACGAGCGUUUGCCUCACGCAUCGUUCCUCCAGGGCUUGCAGACAAACUUGGUAUUCAGCAUGUUCGUGGAAUUCUCCUCUAUGGCCCACCUGGCACCGGAAAGACGCUCAUCGCACGACAAAUCGGCAAGAUGCUUAACGCGCGAGAGCCCAAAGUCAUCAACGGACCCGAGGUACUCAACAAGUACGUCGGUCAAUCAGAAGAGAACAUUCGAAAGCUAUUCGCCGAUGCAGAGAAGGAGCAGAAAGAGAAGGGCGACGAAUCUGGGUUGCACAUCAUCAUAUUCGAUGAACUCGACGCUGUCUGCAAGCAGCGUGGCUCUGGCGCAGGAGGAGGCACUGGCGUUGGAGACAGUGUGGUCAACCAGUUGCUUUCCAAGCUUGAUGGUGUUGAGCAACUAAAUAACAUUCUCCUCAUAGGUAUGACGAACCGGAAAGACAUGAUCGACGAGGCAUUGCUACGAUCUGGACGAUUAGAAGUGCACAUGGAAAUCAGUCUCCCGGACGAGCCAGGCCGACAGCAAAUUCUCAAGAUCCACACAGGGAAGAUGCGCGACAAUGGCAAGCUAUCUGGUGAUGUCGAUCUAGCUGAGCUUGCAAAGCACACCAGGAACUUUUCAGGUGCUGAGAUCGGUGGUCUGGUCAAGGCCGCCAGCAGUUUUGCUCUUCAGCGACACAUCAAAGGAGGCACCGUUGCAGCGCUCUCCGACGACAUUGGAGAGAUUCAACUCCGCAUGCAAGACUUCGUCAACGCGUUACAAGAAGUUAAGCCGUUGUUCGGUGUCAGUGAAGAGGACCUGGAGCGUUGUGUCGAGGGCGGUAUCAUUCACUUUGGGUCCCACAUCGACAAGAUCCUCAGAGAUGGACAACAAUACGUACAACAAGUACGCAGCUCGGCCUCACAACAUUUGUCUGUUCUGCUACACGGCCCCAGCGGUUCCGGAAAGACGACCUUGGCUGCCCAAAUCGCCCUUAACUCACAGUUCCCAUUCAUCAAGCUAGUCAAGGCCGUGGAUAUGGUGGGCAUGAAUGAGAUUCAGAAGAUUCAACACCUCAGCAAAGUCUUCACAGACGCCUACAAAUCGCCUCUCAACGUGCUCGUGUUGGACGAGAUUGAGAUGUUUGUGGAUUGGGUGCCUGUUGGACCUCGCUUCUCCUCGGCGGUACUCGCUGCUUUGAAGGGACUGAUGGGCAACAAGCCUCCGAAAGGUCGGCCUCUCCUUGUAAUCGCAACCACUUCUGAGCGAAGUGUGUUACAGCAACUACAACUCAAGUUCAACGCCGAGAUAGCGAUACCGAAUGUGAGGCCGGAAGAACUACCUCAGAUCAUGCAGCAGUCAGGCGAGUUCUCGAACCAAGACAUCCAGAGAGCUGUCAGUGAGAUAGGAGACUUCCCAGGUGGUGUAGGCAUUCAGCAAGCGAUCUUGGCCAUUCAAACGGCUGUGCAAGAUUCUGAUCGUGUCGGACGGUUUGUGGAGGUUAUGGGAGAAAAGAUCCACAUGUAG